AUGUGUGAGGAGGUGGGCGAGGGGGACCCCGCUGCUGGUCCUGGCUGUGGCUCUGCCCUGCCAGCCCCUCUCCGUGUUGGGGGGCUCACCACCGACCCCCUGUCCUGGCUCCCGGGGGUCACCCCAAUGCACCCAGCGCGGCCGGGCCUCCCCUGGGCCUCCCCUGCUCCUCCCAGGCUUCGGCAACAGCCUUGGGCUUCCCGGCACCGCUGGGGCUCCUCCUUGGCGUUCCCCACCUGCGGGGCCCCAUCCCGGGGGGAGCAGCACCGAGGCACCCACCCCGUGUCCCGGGGACGCUGCUGGCGGCUGCUCCAGCCCGUUCCAGCAGCGGGAUCACCCCGCUCCCGGGAGCCGGCUGUGCAAGAGCGUGGGGUCCCUGGUACCCUGCCCUGGGGGGUUCCCCGGGGACCCCACAUUCAGUGCCGGGCCGUGGGUGGCUCCCCGGGGAUCGUUCGGCGCCGGGCCGUGCCGUGGGUGGCUCCCCAGGGAUCCCGCGCUCGGUGCCGUGCCGUGGGUGGCUCCCUGGGGAUCCCACGUUCGGCGCCGGGCCGUGCCGUGGGUGGCUCCCCGGGGACCCCACGUUCAGCACCGGCGCCGGGCCGUGCCGUGGGUGGCUCCCCGGGACGCGGUGCCAGCCGGCUGCGGUUUGCCGGAGGAAGCGCCGUCCCCGCCGCGCGGAAGCGGCGCCGUCCCGGCGCGGUUGAGCUGCGCCCCGGAUUCCCCACAUCCCGGUGUCCCCACAUGCUCCGAUCUCUUUGUGCCCACUUCCCGGUGUCCCCACGUGUCCGCGGAGAUCGUGGCAGGGCUGGCUCCCGGUACCGGGGGCGUUUCACGGUCCCGGUGUGGGAGGUGGGCGGGAGAAGCGGCGGGGGUGGGGGGAGCUUUGGGGGGGUUCCCCCGGUGCCCGCAGGGUCCCGGCGCUGCGGUGCCGCCCGGUACCGACAGGGGGCGCCCUCGCCUCCCCCGGGGCGGAUAAAGGCGGCGGGACCGGCACCGGCACCGGGCGGGAUGGCCUGGGGCGCGCUCCGCCUGCUCUGCUGCGCCGCUGUCCUGCUCGCUGCCCCAGCCACCAGCCAGGGCGCUCAGAGUGGGAGUCCAUCUGGUCCUGACCCGGGAACAGUCAGUGCAGCUUCAUCCAACCAAACCACGGCACCAACCCCACCCAGCACCUCGGGAUCAGCAGCACCUUCAGCAUCUGCAUCCAGCAGCACGACAGCACCAGCCCCUUCCAGUACCUUGGGUUCAAAAACACCUCCAUCAUCUGCAUCCAGCAUCACCACACCAACACCUCCAUCAUCUGCACCCAGCAUCACCACACCAACAUCUCCGUCAUCUGCAUCCAGCACCACCACAUCAACACCUCCAUCAUCUGCAUCCAGCAGCACCACACCAACACCUCCACGCAAUAUUUCAGAGCCAACACCUCCAUUAUCUUCAUCCAACACCACCACAGCACCGUCUUCAGCCAGGACACCGGGAUCAACAGCACCUUUGACACCCUCAUCCAGUGCCACCACGGCACCAACUCCAUCCCACACGAGUGUGUCCAGACCCACAGAGCAUCCAUCCAACCCAGCCCCCUCCUCACCCGGGCCCUCUGGGCCUGCUUCUCCCCUCACAGCCACCGUGAGCUGGGGUCCCAGUGCUGUCACCACCAGCUCCAGAAGGACAGCAGCCACUGAGAGCUCCGAGCAGCACCCCACUGAGCUGAGCCCUGGCGUGGUCGUUGUCAUCUCCCUCGCCGUCUGCCUGCUGGUGGCGGCGGGGGCCGUGCUGCUGGUGCGGCUGUCCCGGCGCGGGACCCCCCCCUUCCAGCACCUGGAUGAGGUGCCCAUGAGCAAAGUGACGGAGGGGUCCCCUGUGACCCCCCGCUCCCCCAGCUGACCCCCCGGCUGCAGCCCCCCGGGCUCCCCGCCCUGCUGAAUAAAGAAGCGGCUGCCCUGCC